UCUCUCGAGGAAGAAGAACAUCAGGAUUUUGAAGACAGCGGCAGCAGGCGGUCGGUUAAAUAACGACGGCUCUCUGAGGGCGAAUAACGCGAAGUGUCCCGUUUUUGUCUUCUCUUUUGUUUUGUUUUUGUUGAGUUUCAUUUGUCCUGAUGUCCGGUGAAGUGGAGGCGAGCACAGUGGAGCAGCAGGAGAUGCAGGACACUGUUGUAAGUCCAGAAAAGGCUGAGGAGGCCAAACUGAAGGCCCGAUACCCACAUCUCGGGACCAAGCCCGGUGGGUCAGAUCUGUUGCGAAAAAGACUUCAAAAAGGGCAAAAAUACUUUGACUCGGGCGACUAUAACAUGGCCAAGGCCAAGAUGAAGAACAAGCAGCUCCCGACAGCAGCGGCGGAGAAGACGGAGAUCACCGGAGACCACAUUCCCACCCCUCAGGACCUGCCGCAGCGGAAACAGUCUCUGGUGGCCAGCAAGCUCGCCGUCUAACACGAGUGUGGUCUCGUGUCUCAGUGCCAUUCCUGCUGUCUCCAUCUCCAAAAUGAUCGCUCAACAUUUAUUGUUUUGUCUUUCUUUUGCUGUCUUUUCAUACUCUCUUCGUCUUGGGCCUGUAGAAACGCUCUCAGUAUAACGUUUUGAUACUUCUGCUACCAUUGCAUUUGGUCAGUUGUAUUGCGACAUCGAUGCCAAGGUCUGAAAAUGGUAAUCUGGCCCAUUAAGUCAGAUCAGCAUUAUUUUAGGGUUUUACACUUCCAUCACUUUUGAUCAUCUUUUUUGUGCUUGUCUGGAAAUAAGACCUGCGUGAAUAGAUAAUAAGGACUGGACUUGAAAUAAUCACAACCACCUCUUCUGCCAAAACUGUGCCUCCUGGAAGAAACAAAAGGCCUCGUAGAUGUCAGCUGGCUGAGCUGAAGAAAAUCGAAGCGCUCUUAAAGUUCAUUCGUUCCUACUUGUUAAUUAUGAAAGUGGCCUUAACACUGUCUGUUUCUCUCGGGCGACGUUUGCUUGCCCACACUGAGGAGUGUGUUGAGCUCUUCGCUGGGUUCUGUAGGUUUUGUCGUCAGAUCGUCUGAAACAAAUGUUUACUGUCACAACUGUGCCAUUUGUUCUGUAAAUAAACUGGUUGCUGCUACA